GAUGUUAAUGAAAGAAGAUAUAAAUACAUUCGUGCUAAAGGUUAUGACAUACACUGUACUGUACAGUAUGACACAAGUAAAGCACCAGAAGCAUUUGGUUAUAACGAUGAAAUUUAUGCUUCUAGUUUCUCUGUUAACGGUGUAUUAGUUGAACCAAGAUUUACUUUGAGAGUUAAGUCAAAAAUAACCGUUGAAGAUGCUAUUAAAAGUAAAGCUGACAAAGAUGAACUUGACGCAACGAACAAAGUUUUGAAAUCUCAUAAACACAAUAUCUCCGAUAUAAAUGAACUUCAAGCUACAUUAAAUAGUAAAGCUGACAAAGAUGAACUUGACGCAACGAACAAAGUUUUGAAAUCUCAUAAACACAAUAUCUCCGAUAUAAAUGAACUUCAAGCUACAUUAAAUAGUAAAGCAGAUAAGAACCAUACACAUGAAUCCUUCACUACUGUUAGAGCAGACGAUGUAAUAUUGAACUAUACCCUUGGUUCAAGUGCACCUUCAUUAAAUCCGAGUACAAGCGUAAAAGAUACACUAAACAAUUUAGAUAACAGAUGUAUGAACAUUGAAGGUCAUGCCAGAAACUUUGAAGCAUACGAACUACCAGCAAUGUUAGAUAAGAAAGCCGACAAAACUUAUGUAGAUGAAAAUUAUGCAAAGAAGUCGGAAGUAAAUGCUGCGCUUAAUGGAAAAGCCGACAAGAACCAUACACAUGAAGAAUUUCAAACAAUCAAGAUUAAAGAAAUUAAAGCAUGCAUCGAAAUAGUAACAAAAACAGGAAGAAACGGUUUAAUAACAAACAACAUAAUAUUAAAGAUGGCAAUAAAGUUAUAA